CUUUAAAGGCGGUCCAUUUCUCCUUUCCACUUCUCCAUCGUAAACGUGCAUCAAUCGAGAUUCCAAUCACGACUUGCACGACAAUCGACACACCUGCACUGCAACCCUUUCAAGCACGUCUGCUACCCACCGUAUCAAUCAGCGGCUACCAUAGCCAGACUUUCGAAAGAAUGGCGGAACCCACCAGGAGAAGUCAUGAGUACUACAGUGCUUCUGCGCUUGAGGAAGGAGACCAUUCCGACGUCAUGCCAUCGGCGCAGGCGGCCAACGAGAAGCAGGUGCCGAUGGAGGACUCUCCGGCCCCUGACGGAGGGCUGGAGGCGUGGCUCGUCGUCAUGGGCGGGUUCUGUGUCUCCUUUUGUAGCUUCGGCUGGCUUAACUCCAUUGGCGUCUUUCAGGGGUAUUACCAGACCGGUCCGCUCUCGGCCUACACCUCUAGCACGAUUGCCUGGAUUCCUUCGCUGCAGAUCUUUUUCAUGAUGGCCAUGGGACCAAUUGUUGGCAUACUCUACGACAGGUUCGGGCCGCGCUACCUAUUGUUAGGUGGCAGCGUGUUACACGUCUUUGGACUGAUGAUGGCGUCCCUGGCAACCGAGUACUACCAGUUCCUGCUCGCUCAGGGCGUAUGCAGCGCCAUCGGCGUUGCCGCCAUUUUCCAGCCCGCAAUCAACCCUAUCCCCUCGUGGUUCUCGACCCGCCGCGGUGCCGCAUACGGCAUCUUGGCGACCGGCUCGUCGCUCGGCGGCGUGGUCUUCCCGAUCAUGCUGUCCCGGCUGGUCCAGAGCGUGGGCUACCCGUGGGCCAUGCGCGCCGCGGCCUUCCUCAUCCUCGCCCUGCUCGUCGUCGCCAACUGCACCGUCAAGGCCCGCCUGCCGCCGAACCCGCAGCGGCUCACGCCCGCGCAGCUUGCCCAGCCGUUCAAGGAGGUGCCUUUCCUGGGUCUGCUGGCGGGCAUGGUCCUCCUGACGUUUGGGAUAUACAUCCCGAUCAACUAUAUCCAGGUCGAGGCCCUCCAGGCUGGAAUGCGGCCCGAGCUCGCAGGGUAUCUGGUUACAACGCUCAAUGCAGGGAGCCUCUUCGGCCGCAUCCUCUCGGGCGUGGCAGCCGACAAGAUCGGCCGGUUCAACGCCUUCAUCAUGUCGUGCUUCUUUGCGGGGUUCUUCACCCUGGCGCUCUGGAUCCCGACCUCCUCCACCACCGCGGCUGCGACGCGCGACGGCAUCAUCAUCGCCUUCUCCGUGCUCUUCGGUUUCUUCUCCGGGGCGUACGUCUCGCUGCUGGGCGCGCUGGUCGCGGCGAUCUCGCCGCCGCGCGAGAUCGGCUUCCGCACGGGCCUCGUUUUCCUGGUCGCCGCCGUGCCGGGCCUCGUCACGAACCCGAUCGCCGGGGCGAUCCUGAGCAGCAGCAGCGGCAGUGGUGGUGGCAGCUUCGUGGGUGUCAAGGUGUUUGCGGGUGUCUUGAUUCUCGCAGGCACUCUGUGUGUGUCGACGAGCCGGGGGAUCGCGACGUCUUGGAAGCUCAUGGUUGCUUACUAGGAGGGGAAAAACGGGAGACGGGGGAUGAUAAAGGAGGUUGUCCGAAAGAGUGUUGGAUGUUGUGUGUGUAAUGGCAGGAGGAAGUACAUGGGCGCUGCGAAAAGGGGGGUUCGUCCGAGCCGUGAAGGCGCGUGGACAAUGGCGCAAUUCGGGGAUGGCCGGGCAGAAUUACGCGGCCGCGAAGAGUAUACAUGAAGGGAAGAAUUUAAUAAGGCGGCGGUUGAUCAUGUAAGAUUGUAUCGGUGGUUAUAUAUUCAUUAGAAUAUCUCUUGUUAGACGGACGUGCCGACAAAGCAAUUGAAUGGCAUUAUUGUACACCUUCCAUG